CCACUACUACUACAUAGAUAUGAGCUGCAGAUUUUCAAGAGAAACGGUUACAUUUCCGACCAUAUUUGAGUUGGUACAUUGCUGUGAAGUGUUGGAUUAUUGAGUGUUUUUGAACGCUUUUAGUUUUUGUCACUGGAAAGUACACGUUACAAGAGCUGAGGACGUCUUUUUUGUCAGGAUGGGAGACAAAGGAUUUUCAGCGCUUCGUCCGAUCCUCUGCUUCGCUUCCUUUAUUGUAACGCUGCAGAUCGUUAAUGGAGACCUGAGUUAUUCUAUUCCAGAAGAAAUGAAACGCGAGUCUGUUAUUGCAAAUAUAGCCAAAGAUCUCGGUCUUGAUCUGAGGACCUUAUCUUCACGAAAGGCCCGUGUGGAUUUUGAGGGGACUCGUAAACGGUACUGUGACAUUAAUCUGAAUACUGGAGAUUUAAUCACAUCGGAGAGAAUCGACAGAGAAAGCCUUUGUGGCAAGAAACCCUCAUGUGUUGUGAAAGUAGAUCUGGUGUUAGAAAACCCUUUGGAGCUUCAUCGACUCAGUCUUCAUAUUCAAGAUGUAAACGACAACUCGCCGCAAUUCAACGAGAAUCUGAUUGAAAUGGAAAUAAGGGAGUCAGCAGACAAGGGUAACCGCUUCUCUAUUGAGGAGGCCCAUGACGCAGAUAUAGGUCAAAAUGCUGUUCAAAGAUACAACCUACAAAAGAACGACAACUUUAUUCUCGCUGUUGACAGCAACAAGGUUGAACUCGUACUGGAGAAUAAACUUGAUAGAGAAAAGCAAAAGGAGAUAAAUCUGCUCCUUACAGCAUUAGAUGGUGGCUCUCCUCAGAGAUCAGGUACUGUAGUCAUACACAUCACUGUGCUGGAUGCUAAUGAUAACGCCCCAGUGUUUAGUCAGGCCGUUUAUAAAGCCAAUGUGCCUGAAAACUCUCCUCCAGAUACCAUAGUGAUUAAUGUUAGUGCUACAGACGCAGAUGAAGGAGUGAAUGGAGAUGUGACAUAUCAAUUUGGCCAUGUAUCUGAUGACAAUGUAAAUGUUUUCUCUAUUGAUUCUAAAACGGGAGAGAUCAGAGUAAGUGGUGUGAUUGACUUUGAAGAAAGUAGUUCUUUUGAAAUGAGAGUGAAAGCUAAAGAUGGUUUAGGACUAACUUCUUACGCCAAAGUAUUAAUAGAUGUUACUGAUGAGAAUGAUAAUGCUCCAGUGAUAUAUCUGAAAUCACUGUCUAACCCCAUACCUGAGAAUGUAUCACCUGGUACAGAGGUGGGCAUCAUUAACGUACAGGAUAGAGACUCUGAGACUAACGGACAGGUCCGCUGCUCCAUUCAGCAAAACGUCCCUUUUAAGUUGGUUCCUUCUAUUAAAAACUAUUAUUCUCUAGUGACCACAGGACAACUGGACCGUGAACUAGUGUCUGAUUACAACAUUACAAUCACUGCCACUGACGAGGGCUCUCCACCUCUGUCCUCUUCUAAAACUGUGCAGUUAUCUGUAGCAGACAUCAACGACAACCCACCUGUGUUUGAGGAACAGUCCUACAGCGCAUAUGUGACUGAAAAUAACAAACCUGGCUCCACUUUAUGUUCCGUUACUGCUCGAGACCCCGACUGGAGACAAAACGGUACAGUGAUUUAUUCUCUGUUAGCUGGUGAGGUGAACGGUGCCCCGGUGUCCUCCUAUCUGUCUGUUAACGGAGACACGGGGGGUGAUCCACGCUGUGAGGUCGUUUGA